AUGACUUCUGUUUUGGGCAUGCCGAAGAAGGUGACCGGAGCUAUACAGCUCCGGUGGUCAUGUGCCUUGACUCUAUUGUUACAAAUCAACGACGUAGCACAAGCGGUUGAGUCACAGGCUGGUCACCAACAAAGAAGGGGAUUGAUUCCCAGCGACGUAUCCCCCUGGUUUAUUUUGCGUAACGGCUUUAAUAUCCCGUUUUGGGAUGUUAAGUGGUUGGACGGGAUGGUUCUUAAGGAGGAAUUUCUGUGUCUUUAUGAAGCAUCCCGCUUGAAAACGGUGUCGGUAGCGGCGAUGAGAGGUUGGGUGGAUAAUAAGUGGAUUUGGUGGGAUUGUGGUAUUUUGGGAAAUCGGUUGUAUCGCACUCCUUUUGGGCCGAAUGGUAGACACUUUGAAGUGAAGAAUUUGGUUUGGAAAUCGGUUGUCCCUUUCAAGGUUAAGGCUUUUUGGUGGAGGCUCCUUGCCAAUAGGCUUCCAACAAAAGAUCUCCUUGUGCUCAGAGGUAUUCCGUUAUCUUUUGACAUGGUCUUGUGCUCUUUUUGUAAGAUUGAUCCGGAGAAUCAGGAUCAUUCUUUUUUUGGUUGCUCUUUUGUAAAGAAUAUUUGGAGGGAUAUAGCGGUGUGGAUAGGUAAAGAUGGGAUAGGAGAGGAAGAGAGCUUCUCGAGUUUUAUGGAUUGGCACUCUUUUUGUAAAUCAAAAAAAGUUUUGGUUAAGAAAGUAGAUAUUAUUUGGUUGGCUACAACUUGGUCUUUAUGGUUAAGUAGGAAUGUGGUUUGUUUCUGGGAAGAGGUUUGGAAUCUAGAUGAUUUGAUUUGGAACAUCAAAGUGUUGGUGUGGAGGUGGUCUUUUUGUGGAGAGAAUACACAUUCCAACUAUUCCUUUUAUGAUUUUGUCAAAGAUCCGAUUCGGUUCUUAUCAUAA